AGGGUUAAGGUUAAUCUCUACAUUAGUUGUUUCACUCACUGUCAUAAAUGCAACCGAAUUUCACUGUGUUCUCUGUGCCUUUAAGGCGAACUCUGACGUAUUUAGUAUAGUCGAAUGCAAUUGGCUGGCUGACAUCCGCUUGUUUUUUGUUAUCCGUCUAUAGGAAGUAUCCGAGGGAAGCAUGGCAGGAGAACCGUGGAACAGGGUAAACAUAGCUUUUCCCGGUGCUGUUUCUACUGUCCGUGUGCAUUUCAGCUCAACUACAGAUGCAAGUGUUCGAGCCCUGCUUGUGGAAAAUGACAAGGUGCUUAAGCUAAUUCGGAGUGAGAUUCUUCAAACGGAGGUGCGAGUUCUCUACGAGCUGCUGUACUUCCUAAAUAACAGCUCCAGAGGAAACAAGACUUUCAAAGGUUUAAAGCAGGUUGAACAAUGCAUAAACAGGCUGAAGAACAUGAAGCUUGAUGUUGCUCUUCAGGAGCUGACAGAGCUGUGUCCCAAAAGAAUUCAAAGAGGACUGAGCAUCAAGGCUGGUGAGUGUGAUGUCCCCAGUCAACCCAUGCUGGAGUGGCUCUGUCUCAAAGUGCUUGGAGCCGCCCAGCUGAUGAGCUGCACAUUGAGUCGCUGCAGCAGAGCUUUCGUACUGGCAAAGCAACAGAUGAAAUGGGAAGAGUUUGUUAUCUUGAAUAUGGUGAUAACCAGCAUGCUCAGUCGUCUCUGGGUGAUUGUCCGUGGUAUCCUGGUCAGCCUGUCCACUCUGUACCAGCGGCUCCUGGAGCUCCUCAGACAGGUAGCCAACGCCCAGCCCAUGCCCUUCCUCACAGACUUCUCCCUGCCAGCAGAUAUAGCUCAGUUCCUGGCUCCUUCUGAUGCACGUGUACUGACCAAAAAGCCAGCAGGCGGUCCCCUAGCCAAAGGUCACAGGCACAAGCAGCAGAGCAAGAAGAAAUCUUCUGUCGAAGGGAAGAACCAGGGAGCGUCAAGGGAGGUUAGAGAAGACCUGGGAGUUGCUGUUGAAAGAGUUACUGGUCUUGACGCUGACAUGAAGCCUUUUCUCAAGGUUUUCAGGGACUUUUCUGAGGUUAAAUCCUUCCCACAGAAAACAUACAAGGAUGACACGACACGAAAGUUCAAGAAACAAGUGAGAGAGGCUGCUACUUUCACAGACAUGGCGGCCCAUCUGGAAGAAAUGAUCCCAUGGUGCAAGUCCCAGAAGAUGGAAAAGGAAAAACGUCUUCUAAGCUUCUUACAGUUAAAGUGCCAAAGGAUGAAAUGCUUAGAGGCAGCCGGUUACAAGUCCGGGGGUUUCGGACCUUCAGACGGGAAGCUUGCGGGCUUAUCUCCUCCGGCCCUCCACAACCGCGGGCUGUGCUGCACCAGGAGCUGCCGCCUGACAAUGUUUGCAGAACUCGAAAACAUUUAAUCUCAACGGUAGGAAAGGUGCAAAAAGGCGCUGAAAAGCGAAGGCGAGGAUGAGUUAUCAUGUCCCCUGUCAGGGGGGAAACCAAGAACCCGGA